AUGGUUGAGAUUGAGAAAAACAACAAAAAAAAUGGCACCUUUCUGUUUUCUCAGGGCACUCUGUUUUUGGGUUUAUGGUUGUGCGGCUUCAGAGAGGGUUACUGGGGGAACUGCACAGUCCCAACAACAGCAUCAGCAUACCCUUCUCUACCUCUAGGGCCCUACUUUAACCUGCACAAGCCAUCCCUAUAUUCUAAACCAUCCAAAUACACCUCUCUUGUAAUCAAUGGUCACAGAAGGAUCUGUGAUCUCUUUGACUUGCACCAGGAGCAAGUCCCUUAUGAAGUGGCAUGGUCAUGGCAAAAGAAGAUUGUCAGUGAGAAGAAGGCACAGGUUGAAAGGGAAGGUGAUUGCACUGACACCCUUAUUAUUCUACAACACCCAUCUGUUUAUACAUUGGGUACAGCGAGCACCGAGGAGAACCUCAAGUUUGAUGUGAAAAAUGCUCCCUUUAAUAUUUAUCGCACUGAGCGAGGUGGAGAAGUUACUUACCAUGGCCCUGGACAGCUAGUUAUGUACCCCAUCAUCAACCUCAGAAGAUACAAGAUGGAUCUUCAUUGGUACCUUAGGACUCUUGAAGAGGUUGUCAUUCGUGUUCUUUCUUCAGCAUUUUCAAUCCAGGCCUCUAGGCUGGAAGGGUUAACUGGUGUUUGGGUUGGAAAUGAGAAACUGGCAGCUGUCGGCAUAAGAGUGUCUCACUGGAUAACCUAUCAUGGCUUAGCACUUAAUGUCACAACAGAUUUGUCUCCCUUUAAAUGGAUCAUUCCAUGCGGAAUACGUGACCGGCAAGUAGGAAGCAUUAAGGGGUUGGUGAGAGAAGGUAAGUUAUGUGUUGGUCAUGGAACUCCUGAUUUGUACAAGUUUGAUGAUGCCAGUCUUAUUCAUAUUACACACAAGUCCUUGAUUGAAGAGUUCUCACAAACAUUUCAGCUUGAGUACUGUUACAAAAAUAUUUCUGCCCUCCAUUGUAUGGAAGGAAACAAAUCUUCCUAACCCAAUAGACACAGCAAAGUUGAAUUUAUUUGAUAGGCAUUAGUGAAAAUAUAACCAGUACUUUUCUAGAUUUACAAAUUGCUUGGGAAGAAAGCUAGCUCUGAUAAAAUUAUUGAGAUUUUGGUUCAUGUAUCAUGACGAAGGUGAUUGGUUUUAUUUA